AUGUCUGUUCCAGAAAAAUCCAAAGACGAUGACCAAAUCAGUCUAAAAAAGUGGAGCGGCGUUGGGCUGUGGUCGUACAAAAUUGAAGCGGUGACGUGUUCGAUUUGCACGCUCAAGCUCUCUGAGCCUUGUCUUACGUGUCAGUCCACGCACACGGCUUGCUCGGUCAGUACUGGUGCGUGUAAUCACGCCUUUCAUUCCCAUUGCAUCGAGCAUUGGCUCAAGACCAAGCCGGUUUGUCCCAUCGACUUUGGCCCUUGGGUUUGUGACAGCACUGAAAUCAUUCCCCAAAAACCCGUUGACAAAGUAUGA